CGGAUCUCUAAUAUCUCGGUAAACGUUCUUUCGAUGCAAAGCCGAGCUGUGGUGGAAUGCCCAGUCGUCGGUAGACUACGAAUCCUGGUUUGAAUGGCAUCGAGCCAGAAAGCCGCCCGCGUGGGCGAAGAGAUCUGGAAGACACGCGUGGACAAGGUCAACGCUGAGCUUGUCACCCUCACAUAUGGAACCAUCGUUGCUCAGCUGUGCACGGACUACGACUAUGAUUACACCCAGGUCAACCAGCAAUUGGACAAAAUGGGGUAUAACAUCGGCAUGCGACUCAUUGAGGAUUUCCUUGCAAGGUCCAAUACUGGCCGCUGCGGGAAUUUCAGGGACACAGCGGAGAUGAUCUCCAAGGUUGGCUUCAAGAUCUUUCUGAACAUUACGCCUACCGUCACGAACUGGACUGCCGAUAACAAACAAUUCUCAUUGCUGUUCGAUGAAAACCCUUUGGCAGACUUUGUGGAGCUCCCUGACGACGGGCGGGCUCAAGAUGAGUUGUGGUUCUCCAACAUCCUCUGUGGCGUUCUACGUGGUGCAUUGGAAAUGGUAUCAGCCAGCAUGAUGCGGGCCUCGGAGCGCUGUUCUAACAGGACUAUAGGUCCAAAUGUCCAUCGAGGCACGUUUUGUCAGUGAUAUGCUUCGAGGCAACGACGUGACGGAAAUGCGGGUCACCCUGAUCCGGUACAUCGAGGACGAGAUGCCUCCUGACGACGAAUAGGUAGACCCGACUUCUUCUACGGAGCCAACAUCUCUGCAAACAAAGCUCGAGGGGAUUGUAUGAUCCUAGCAGACCGAGCCGUUUCCGCACCCACUGGCUCGGAGGUCACGUGGACAAGCCCCUUUUCUCCAAGAUGGGGGAACCGCUAUCUGGCUAUCUACUUUAUGAUAGUCGGGAAAGGAUUCACUAUUACCCCUGAGGCAGUUUCAGCAGUGCAUUGAGGGCCAGGGGUUGCUGCUGGGAAGAUACUGAGCGGAUGCAGCGAUCAAAUGGAUCGAAGCGGCAAAUAUGACCUGUACUGUUGCCCGGUUGACGGCCUCCAGCCGGGCGUGGAAUUUUUUGAAAUGUUUGCUGCUUAGAAUGCCGUCGAGGUGGAAGAAAGCGGUCGAGGUGAGGUUGUGGUGCAAGGCCAAGCACCCCACCAUUGGUAGCCCCAUUUUGGGCAAGGCGUGCUGCAAUCUUCGCAGGACGUGUCUGUAGGGCUGACCCAGAACGCUCUCUGAGUGGCCAGGACGUGGUCAGAGUCAGAAACCAUAGGCGGCCUUUUUGCCUCCAAGUGCCGUGUCCGCCUCUCGCUGCUCGCCCCCUACCCUCUCGAUCUUCUCGCCUGCGCCCUGGCAGCAGCUCAGCAAUCACCAGC